CCAAUAUUGUGACAUUUCAAUAUGAAUAGAAGUGUUUUGUCUCGGAUUUACCGGCAAAAAAAAAUAUUAAUUGCGAAAUAUCAUGGAAACGGCGAUUUUCGAGGACUCCCGGAAAUUAAUAGAGCUCUUUGUCCGUUCAGGAAAUAAUAGUUUCUCUUCAUUUUGCGAACAGUGGAAAACUUUGCAAUUCCAACACAUUUACUUUGCACAAACGUCAUAUAUUGAAAUAAUACAAACUACCUCUGCGAUUAUGCACUAUGCAAAGCGCAACAUAUGCAGUUCGGAUGAGGACGACAUAAACAUCGAGAAUAGCACGAAAAAUACUACGGCGCAACACUUUGCAGAUGAACGUAUGCGUAGACGAAUAGGUUGUCUAUAUCUACUAUAUGUAAUUUACUUUAAACAACCUACAGAACGUUACGUUAAAAUUGAAACCAAUCUAAAUACGUGGAAAUCAAUAAAAAACUUCAUAGACUCAUUACCAAUAUCACCGGAUAUGGACGAACCUCGUUACAUAUUUUGGCGUCUAUUACAAGCCGAUGCAUUUCGUUUUACAGCUUUAAAUUAUUGCGAAGGCUUAGAAGAUUUAGUUGAUUACGAUAAAUUAAAUGAUAAAGAUAAUGCAGACUUCUGGCGUAAGAAUAGUAACAAAGAACUCGGACAGCAAUUACAAGAUUAUCCAGCGAUUCAACGCAUAUUACCAGCAUUGACAGUACUUGAAGAUGGUUAUAAUGAAAUGAAGGAAAUGUUAGUGAACACAAGUAAAAGUGGUAUGCAUAAGCAGUCCCUGCCAGCAACAACGAUUUUCAAAAGCAUAGAACAGUGUUUCCAAAAUAUUCAGGCUAUAGUUGAAGAUAGUGAGGGAGGAGAAAGCAAACAAAAAGUAUUACCUUCAGAAAGUGAAAAACGGAAUCUUAAACGUAAAGGUUUCACCAAUAAUCAUAACGAUAACGAACGUGAAUCGGUCAGUGGCACUAAUGAAAGUUUUUCAAAGAAAAAUAAAACACUUAGAAGAAUGUCAGCGCGUACGGUAUUCACCGAUGAAUUGCCUGACGAUUUAUUAGAUGAUCUGCAAGAGCAAGAAUCCAUAGUAAGCACGGAAGAUCAAGAUUUGUCCGAUGUUGAGCAGUCAACAGAAGAAAAUUUAUCAGAUGCAUUGAAUGUUCAUUUAACGGAAUCUCAGGAAAAUUGUGAUCAUGAAGGUAAUGCCCAUAAAAGCAGUCAAGGAAAAGAAACAAUUGAGCAGCAAUUAAAUGAACUAUUAGAAAUAGAACUAAGCAAAGAAUGUGAAACGAUUUCAACUAACAAGGACAAUUAAUUAAGUUAAUUAAUUUUUAUGAUUGUAAAAUAUCUUACAAGUCAUAACAAAAAGUUUAAAUAUAAACAAAUUGUUGAACGUAUAUAAUAAAAUAAAAAGUAUAUACAUAUUAAAAAUGAUAUAUACAUACAUAGAUGAUUGUUUAUAAAAUAUUAUUCAUACUUAUAUAGGAUCGGCUGUGGAAGUACUGUACAAUAUUUAACCAAGAUAAAGAUAAACCUAA